AUGGCGUCUGCUCCCCGGCGUCUCUUCUUCGUCGUACCACUUCUCUCGCUGCUCCUCUCCGCGUCUAAUCUACCCGGCUCCGCUUCUCAUGACGGCGCGUCCCACGGCGGAAUUGGUGGGCGGGAGUUGCUAGAGCAGCGGAACUUCGCCACGUGGUUCGACGCGGACGAAGCGGCGCUUUCCGCGCCGCUGUUCAGCGGUGCUGGGCAGCGGCUCGCGGACAAGCUUUCGUGGCAGCACGAGCAGACCCAGCAACGUAUCCGAAAGCAGCAACAAUCCUACAAGAAGAAACCAAAGCAUCCCACGCCGUCUGGCAACGGCGCAACUACCCCUGCGGCGGCGGGUGGUUCCCCGGAUUGCCCGUACACGUCAGCUGGCGCCGGUUCCGCCAACCUGCACAAGUGCGCCAUGGGUUACGCUGCUACCAGUGGUGUAACAGGUGGUUUCCGGAAGACUUGCGGAGGGAGGUACCCGACGGGUUACGUGGUUACCACUGCGGAGGAUGUCAGCAUUGGCUGGACCGAAGGGUCGUUGCGAUGGGCGAUGAAAUACUGUACGGACGGGGUGUAUAUUACCUUCGCGAAACCUAUGACGAUCACACUGGUUCAGGCGCUUUAUGUUAACGGGGAUACCACCAUCGACGGGCGCGGCCACCAGAUCGUCAUCACCGGCGGGCCGCUUCUAGCCUAUUGGGUCUCGAAUGUGAUUUUCCAUAACCUUGAAGUGGGUGACAUUCCGGGCGACACGGACAUUCUGCACAUCCGCAACACCACGCGAGUGUGGGUAGACCAUCUCAAGGUGUACAACGCGGCGCGCGGCACCAUCAGCGUUGUCUACGGCGCCACAGACGUGACCGUAUCCAACACCUACUUUCACAACGAGAAUUUCGUCCAGCUGCUGGGUGCAGCGGACGAUGCUUACUAUGACCGGAACCUUCGCGUGACAGUGUAUCGGAACUGGUACGAUCGCGCGGGGCAAAGGCAGCCGCACUGCAGGUGGGGCUCGUGCCACGUGGCCAAUUCACUGUACACGUCGUGGGGUUAUUACUGCUUGGGCGCGCGGGUGUAUGGGCGGAUUCGGUCCGAGAGGAAUUAUUUUAUAGGGGGGCCGAGAAAGGAGGUGACACCAUGGUUCGGUGGGGCCCUCAGCACCCCGACGUUUGACAAUACCGGCACGAUAAGAUCAUAUGGGAAUCGGCUGGAGAACGGGUCGACACUUCACGAGUUUGUUGGAACCGUGCCUGCUUUCAAUCCCCCAUAUAAGCUGGCGCUCAUGGAGCCUACAGACAGCAUGAAGGACUUCAUCAUGCAGAAUGCAGGGCCGCACUUCCCAGAUAGUGAGGCUUUGCCUGUGGGAGGUGGUUGA